AGCCGCCGACGUACAACAUUUGCUGUGUACAGUUGGUACAGUGUGUCGCCGUCAUCGUCGAUAUUGGAUCGAUUUGAAGAUGGCAGCAAACUCCGCUAAGGAGGACGUAAUUGUGAACGAAAACAUGGAACCAACAAAAACAAAGUCUCCAACGCCUAACUCUACAGCUCAUCAAGGGAUUGGAGAUGAAGAAGAGAGGAAGACUAAAAAGCCAGGCGAUACUGCUUUCAAACAGCAGAGGUUACCUGCAUGGCAGCCAAUUUUAACAGCUGGGACAGUGUUACCAGCAUUCUUCAUUGUGGGAAUUAUCUUCAUACCUCUUGGUGUUGGAUUUCUUGUUACGUCAAACAAUGUGAAGGAGAAAAUCUUAAAUUACACCGACUGUGAGCAAGACAAUGGAGAGACUUGUCCUGUGUUUUUUACCAAUGUGACAGAGCUUGGAAAUACUUGCAUAUGUAAGAUUCCUUUCAACUUGACAGAGGAUUAUAACUUGAUUGAUACUCUAGAUUCAAGCAAGAAGACACAGCAGGGGGCCCGAGACACCAUCAAGUACCUCGAGAGAGAGUUUCAUAGAGGAAACAGCAUUCGGAAGUUCCGAUACGGUUCCGUAUAUCUAGCCACGGUGAAAAAUCAUGUAACAAAACUGUUGAGUUUCAAAGGAAAAAAAUCAUCCUCAUGUUAUAAUUAUUUAAAAAUUAAUCACCACAUAUUUAUAUUUAUCUCAGAUUUUGAAGGUACUGUUAAGCCUCCAAAUUGGAAAACAAACAUCUCAGAGAUUGAUAAUCAACUGAAAAAUGAGGAUUUCAUUGUUUGGAUGAGAACUGCUGCUUUGCCAACGUUCCGCAAGCUGAAUGGUCGUAUUGUUCAUGAUGCUACAUCAGUUUUUGACAAGCAACUUCCAAAAGGCAGAUACACCCUUACCAUCAACUACAAUUACCUUGUCAGCAAGUUUGAGGGAAAGAAAAGCUUUGUAUUGACAACGACAUCAUGGCUCGGAGGAAAAAACAACUUCCUUGGUAUUGCCUACAUUGUGACUGGUUCAACAUGUGUAAUGUUUGGUGCCUUGUUCUUGCUUAUUCAUAUCAAGCAUGGAAAGAGGGGAUUGGAUCUAUCAUGUCCAGAAUUUGAAGGUUAACAUCCUAUUCCAACCAACUGGUUCCCAGUGUGUGUAUCUGCUUAUGGACAAUGUACAACUUAGACCCUGUCAACAGUUUACAAAGGCAUUUACACAGAUAUUGGUAUAAUGAAUUGGACUCAAUAUCAGAAUGGUUAAUAAUUAUUAAUUUGAUUAAGUAUUUUUGGUUGUAUAAAUUAUAUAUCUGAAUCUUAUAAUUGUAUGUAUUAGAUUAAUAUGUAAAUGUUUGUAUUGAGCCUGAUUGCAAUUUGUAUAUUGUAGGACAAUUGAAAUCUACAUACCUGCCUACACAACUUGUUUAGGUGGUCUACUACCUUUAUCUUACGUUGUUCUACCACCUACUGUAUAUUCCGACACAGUGUUACCAUUACUGAUCAUGUGAGUUUAUUUAUAAUGGUAUGGUGUUGAUCUUGAUAAGCUUACAAGUGAUCAUUUGUUCUUCUUUCGCUAAAUUUAUAGAUUGGGGGCACUGUAUAUAAUUAGUUUCUGAUCAGACAUCCCUCUUUCUGUUUGCAAAAUGUACUGUAGGCAGGCAUAUAGAUAAAGAAACAUAGUACAGUAUUUUAUACAGUAUUUAGUUUAUUUAAAUGCAUUGCAGAUUAAUUGUAUCUUUUAAAUUUUAAACUCCAUCCUUUCCAGAUUAAAAAAUGUCUUUUUUUUAGGUUUGUUUUGAUAUAAUGUAUAAGUGUGUUGGAUUUGAUUAAUUUUUGUAUGAAGUGUGGCAUGGGUAGGAGGUAGGGGAGUACCGUAUAAACUCGCGCAUAAGACGAGGCUUGAAAUAUCAAAAUAGGAUCGAAAACAGCGGGUCGUCUCAUAUGCACAACAUACAAAUUUUAGAUUUUUAAAAUCAUGUUCUUCAUAACACACAAAUGCCAUCGUGUUGGGAUUCAAAAUUAUAUCAAUCAAAUUAAAUAUCAGUGUUAUGUGUUGAAAUUAGCACUACUGACUUAUCUAUUCUGAAAAUGUUGUUUUGUCCUUUUUUCCCCCCAUGGCCUUUAAUUGGAGGUGGUCUUUAAAUGGAGGGGUCUUUUGGUAGAGGGAGCUCUGUAUUAUUUAUUGAGUCCUAGCACAUAAUACGAUAAAGCUUAUUUACUUUUUAUAUUAAUUUAAAGAGAAAUGAUUAUACCAAGGAAAUUUUCAUUUAGACCCCCCCCCCCCC